AUGCAUCACUUUCUUUUCUCAUUCGUCGUGGCUCUCUGCCUUGGCGCGCACUGUGCGGUCGCAGCAUUGACGUCGGGCGAAAUUGCCAACUCCCUUAAUGAGCUAGCACAGCAAGGAUUUGCUGCAAAGCAGCUCGUAUUGGAAAUCAAUUCCACUGGGGAUGCUGGUCCGAUCACGGAUGUCUACGCCGAGAUCGACACGAUGGUCACUGUGGUUCUGUCGAAUGUGAAUUUCAUGUCGAACACGCCAAUCAUCACCGGCCAGCCGGAGCAGCAGGAAGUAUAUGAGGGAUACUCGAACUUCGUACAAUCCCUACUUGAGCUCAUGGAUGCUUUUUCGAGCAGCGCAUCCCAGCUGAAAUCUAUCAACCAAGCCGCCGAAAUCAAGGUUCCAUCUGAGGUUCGCAUCUUGGAAGCUGCUGUUGACGCCUACUUCUACAACAUCAUCGGUCUUUUCCCAGAAACCAGCUCAUACAACGCCCAGGCCAACCUUCAGAAAGCUCAGGUGGAUACACAUUGUUUCCAGGCUGUUUGGGCAUUUGAUCUCGGCGCUAGCAAUGGUAAUCAGACUACCAAACGGGCGCGCAGCCACAGCUCGCUUCAUUCUCGGUGGAUGAAGCGCGGUUCCCUCUGA